GUACCGAGGCGCGUCAGUAGCGUCCGCAUAGAGAGGGUGAGGUACACACAACGGGGCCGGCAUCCCAACGGGGUGAUCCGGUGGCGGAAAAGCAGAAUCCGCGAGGCGUGCCACGCGGAUCGUGGAUCGAUUUUUCGUGGCCGCUUCCGCUUCCGCGUUGCUAAGCUGCUCGGGUGGUACCAUGCAGCAGUGCCCGGUGCGGUGGGAGCACUAAGGGGCAAGUACCGGCACCUCGACCAGGCCUCGGCGCCGUACACACACACCCACACACACAUGCAAGGACAUACGCCCGAUGGAGCUGCAACCCGCUCGGCGUGACAGCAUUCCGGAGGAACCGUACACUACGCGCGCCUGGUGACAGGCGAUUCGCACGGCGCACAAUGGACACGACGGUGCUGAUCUCCUGGCUGGCGCUGGCCGGUACACUGCUGAUCGUGGCGCUGCUGCUAUGCCGGCUGAUACAACCGUACGACAUCGCCUGGUUUCUGUCGAACCGCGAGGACAAGAGCAACUUGUCGAAGAUGCGGCUGUACAACGCGAAUGGCUACCUGAUGCGCUCCGGCUCGGAGAUACUGCUCGGUUCGACCGGCAGCUUCCGGCGCUUCGAUUCGGUCGACCGCGACUACCGGCCCCAGUACGGUCCGGUGCCGAGCGCCACGGCCGUACCGCCGUGGCACCGCUCGACCGACGACCCGGACAUUCCGCCGCAACCGCUGCGUCCGGCCCCCUCGCCCCGGGAGGCUAAGAUGAGCCGUGACAAGCCAAUCCACCGCCAAACGUCCGAACCGGACUCUAGCGCGCGCUCGAUCAUCAUCUCGCCCAUUCCGCGACCGGUACCGCGGAAGCAACACUCGGCGCCGCUUUCGUUUCCGCUACCCCUGCUCGGCUCGCCUCGUGAAAAACGGACCACGCACGGCCCGGUGGUGCCCUCUCCUCCCGUGCACGCGCCCUGCACGAACCCGUUCCUCGGUGGUGCGCCCUUCACGGAAGAGUGCGGUGAAGGGCUCGGCCCGAACGCAACCACCCGGACGCCUACUAAACCGGUACCAGGCAGCGUCCUGCGGGCGGUCACGAUUGCGCCCCCGGCGCAGCUGUUCGCGCCUAGCGCGGCCACACCUGCUAGCCCACAGCGCACCGCGGCUCACCCCGUACUCCGUGCGCCGCUCCACUCUGCCAACAAUCCGUUCGUUGACGCCUCGUCCACACCCACACUGCUCAAGCAAUCAAUCGGCAAUCAAACGAACCAAUAUCGCCAUCAGCAGCAGCAACAACAACAAGCUUGCGUUUUCAGCUUCGAACCGGCGACGGUACAGUCGCUGUACACCGAGGACGACCCACUUCGGCGGGCGGAGAAACGGCUCAGCACGAUGGAGAAUCUGCGCCGGAUGUCGCGCCUCAUCGAGAGCAAUCAGCUGCUGCUGAACAUCUACCAGCAGUUUAACCGCACGGUGUCGGAACCGCAUCCGGAGCCACCACCGUCGGUGGGCACCCCCGCUCCGCCAACACCACCACCGCCCCAAGCUGCUCCUCCAGCGGUGCCUGGUGGCGGUGAGCCGGCAAGCAACGCGGAUCGUUCGCGACCAUCCGUGAGCUUGGCGAACGAGCGACCACCACCGGGCCCGGCUGCCGGUGAACCCGUCCCGCCCGGUUUGGCCAGGUACCGUGAUUCACCGCGCACCGACGCCGUCGACAGUCUGCGGGUACCGUCGGUGUCACGCAGCAUCAAGCACAUCCUGCGCAACCGGUCGUUCUCGGAGACGGAGUUCAGCGAGCGGGCCCUAGCGAAGACACUCGCGAUGCUGUCGGAGCUCGAGCCACCACCGUCACCACCGGCCGCCUCCAUGAUGAAGCACUCGUCGUACCGGGACUUGAGUCGGUAUGUGCCGGGUGUCGGCACUAGCGGGAGCAGCGGUCGGGUGGAGCCCUCCCACGGCCAGCGGGCGGCCAGCGAGACGCUACACAAGACGGUUUCCGAAUCGUUUCUCGAGCAGUACUCACUGCUAGGGCGCUGCGACGGAGUGCCACCAGUCCGACCGGGAGAGCCAGGCAGCGAGCCGGCAGGGGAUGUCGGCGGUGUCGCGUGCGAACGAUUCCGCACCACGACCACGGUCCUCCCGUCGUCGUCCUGCGAAUCGGUUGCGUCGCAGUCGUCGGUCGUGUUCGCGGACCUUACGCCGAGUAGCCUACACCGGGGCUACCUGUGCGUGGCACUGCAGCCUGACAGAUCCGGCACAUCCGGCGGUACGGAGCUGGCCGUCACGGUGCAGGAGGCGAAGGAUCUGGUCCGACCGGCCGGGCCGUCCGACGCGGGCGAGAUGGAAACGUUCGUUAGAGUUUUCAUGUCAACCGACAAAGCGAAUGCGGUACAGACCAAGAUUUGUGCAGGCUCCAGUCGGCCGAGCUACGGCGAAACUUUCCGCUUCCGGAUCCCGGCCAACGGUGGCACCGGACGGCGGCAAACACUUUGCUUUCAGGUGUACCAAAACGAUGCCCAGUCGCCGACACUAGUAGGUGAGGCGGAAGCGCAGAUCAACGACACCAGCCAGCAGUGGCCCACGACAACGUGGCUUCAGUUGCGCGACUGCAGCUACCAGAAGGGCUCGCAUCUAGGCGAGCUGAUGUUUUCGCUCAGCUACCUCCCGACGGCGGAACGGCUGACCGUGGUGGUGGUGAAGGCACGCAAUAUCGCCCUAAAGUCGCGCAUCGUCGACAAUGGGCGACGGGGAAUCGUCCACUGUAACGAGCCGGCAGCACUGGAUGGUCCAUCGGCUGCGACCGACAUCGCCGGUCCCGAUCCCGAGUGCGGGGGAAACAUUUUCGUCAAGGUGUAUCUCCUGCAGAACGACCAGAAGGUGUCGAAGAAGAAAACGUCAGCCAAGCGGGCCGAACAGUUUCCGAUCUACAAUGAAGCCAUCAUCUUCAGCGUGCCGCCAUACCUCUUGAACGCGGUCCAGAUACGGCUGUCGGUGGUGCAGAUGGUGGCCCGAGCGGAAUCGUCGGCGUUCCCCGGAGACUGCGUCGACCGGGCGGGAUACCGGAGAAAGCCGAGCGUGAAGCUCGUGUCGCUCGGGCACGUCAUCAUCGGGAGCGGGACGACCGGCAAGGCCUUGCGGCACUGGCAUCAGAUGCUUACGGCGCUUCGCAAACCCGUGGCGAUGUGGCACGGACUGCGCAGCACUUCGGAACGCAAACAAUCCAGAUCCGGAGCCGGCGGCACGGAUCACAAACACGACCAACUUCCUGCGGAUGCUUGAACGAAUUGUGUCGCCAAUGUGUCGCUAAAAAUGUGUCGCACUGUAAAUCGUUCUAUUCGAUUGAGUAACAUUCUUAUAUCUAUAUGUGUAUAUUCUCAUACGUGUAUGUACUUUUGUUCUCCGCCAAACCGACACUAUUCGCUGCCGACGCCAGUCGCUCACUGGCAGGCACCUUCGCAUGUCUGCUCACAUAAAGUCCGAGCGGUAUCUCGGUUAGCGAGGGUUUUGGGGUUCCUCUCUGUUUGCUAAGAGUUAAAAUCAUCUCUGCAUCGAGGAAUCGCCGGAACAUGUACUCUUCGUGUGUCCCGAGGUUCGACAACGCCCGAAAAAACAUGCGGAUAAGGAAUGGAAUGUAGUUCACUUUGCCUAGGGCAGUCGACUAACAGCGAUCACUGGAUCGUGAAUCCACCAAUUGGCGGGAAAGAGCCAAGUGCUUGGGCACUCUUUUCUAAACCUACGCCUAGCCAAGAGGGAUCGUCGUAUACCUAUGCAUACCAUGAAAGACGGCCACCGAAGUGUUUUUUUUCUCAGUA